AUGAGUUAUCCACCGGACACAUCACGAUCCUGUCAUGAAGCAGAUGGCCGGAGCGAUCGAAGCGGAGGCAGCGGUGGGGCCACAAGUAGUAGUGGAGGCGGUGUUUAUGGAACUUUAUGUAGCAACUUAGGUGGCAAAUGGCCCAUUCCAGUUUCUACAGCUCUAUCAACUACAGCCACUACUACACCCUCUGGGGAGUUAAUUCAUGACCCAUCGCAUCAUACCAGCUUAUCACAUGACAGGCUUGUCUCUAAUUGGAAAAAGUGGUCCUUAGGGUUGGACUAUCUUCUGCAGGACAGUGAAGGUGUGGCUUUGUUUAAAACCUAUCUACAAUAUGAAGGAUGUUCCAACCUGCUUGAUUUCUGGUUCGCUUGUCAAGGAUUUCGGAGCAAAGUCGACCCGAGUGACCAUCGGAAAAUUGCGCAAUUAAUCAAAGUUAUUUACAGGACGUAUAUUCGGGGAUCUGGUAGUGGCACAGUAGGUAUGACAAAUGUCUCCCUCUCUGGUCAGUUGGCAGAGUCGCAAACCAACCCUAAUGUGUUGCAGUCCAGGACUGAACCUAUUCGACUACGGACGGAGACCAAACGCAUGAUAUCGGAACGUAUUUCUCGUAAACAUUCGUUAGACCAAAGCGUAUUUGAUCCUGCUCAGACGGAGGUAGAGCAUUUUCUUCGUACCACCGCCUACCCAGCUUUCCUGAAGUCGGAUGUUUACGUAGAUUUCCUGCAGUCCACAAUUGAUGGGUCAACCCAUAAAUUUGUGUCAAUUCAAGAUCCCAGUGCUAGAUCUGUGCCCGUCGGUGGGUCUGGAAUGGGUUGUCCCAAUGUUGCCACUGCUACUUUCUCCGGAAAUGUUGUAUCACAUCCUUUAGGGGGUAAAUUCCUUCCCACUUUGGAAGAGGACCGUGAACUACGUUCAGAUGAAUUGCCUUGCUAUUCCGUUCAACAGGGGCGUGCACAUCCAGCUCCUAGCAAUCUGAAUGUUGCUGCUGCAUCGGUGACGUGUGCGGUUUCGCAUUCGCAACCCCAACUGCAUUGUUUACAUUGUUCACAGUAUCACUCCCAGGGUCAUCCGAUGUGUCCGCCAAAUGACCGAGCCAAUCCUUGGUUAGCACAAAUGCCUCAUCCGGCCCAACCUGGUUUGCGACCCUUCGGCUCUGCCAAUAAUCCCAUCGGGUUACUGGCUACUACAUCUAUUGCCACCACGGGCACUGGCGCUGCAGCACCAUUGACUACUGAAAAUCUCCAGAUGACCAGAUUUUAUCGCGCGGAACUUUCGAUGCAACAGCAAGCGUUUAUAACCCCUUCUGCAGGCAGUUCCAACAUGAUUCGUAUGAUGCAUCAUCAGCCGGUUGAUCUCCUGUCACGUCGCCCAUACCCUCAAGGAACAUGUGAUCUAACAACUGGGUCCCCACGACCGUUGGCUUCCUAUGGACACACACACUGGGCAGAUGCACUAUGCUCGUCUAGACUGCCCAGUCAACCUCCUAACCCGUACCACAUCUCUUACGCUCCGGUUUCGGCUCGAGACUCUGAGCGUCACAGUUUAUCCAGCGAGGCGCGAACGGAUGAUACACAUUCGCACACCGAUAGCAGCCAACCCAAUGAACCUUCAAACGUUCAAGUUGCCAAGUCCAACCCAGUGACUGAGCUUCAACCCGCAGAUAACCAAAAAGAUGCACCAUCCAAAUCCGCCUCGGGUUCUGGUUCUGGAUUCGGCUGUGGUUCGGGUUCGUCCCCGUCAUCUGCUGAAUUAGAACACGGUCGUGCCUCGGAAGCGGCUGAGCUGAACGCUUUGCUCAGCCUCUCAUUUCCCUCGGACAGAGCAACAUCCGGUCCGGCACCUCCAAUUGCUUCCACCUUGGCUCCUCAGUCGCUUGGUGACACAUCUUCACAUACACCACUCCAAGCAGCCGCUGCUGCAGGAGUGGCGUGUGCCACGUCCACCACUGCGACAGCCGUGACAACGGUCAGCACUACGCAGCAUUCCACCUCAUCCUCGAUCACGUCGGCUAUCUCCACCUCGACUCCCGGAUUACCUGCCAGCUCUCCCAGUUCCAACAGCAGUCCGAAUACCCUGGUAAUCGGGUACUAUUUGGGUGACGACCCGGUGCCUUAUAGGAGUCUGUGGCCCGCUUCAGAAAUCACUUUAGGACAAUUCAAACAGCUCAUCCCCAAGAAGAAGGGAUCAUUCCGGUAA